AAAACACUCCAGCAAGAGAAUUCAAGAACACAAGACACAUCUCUAAUAUAACAUCCUGCAGAAACCUCCGUUUGCUGUUUGGAGCAGAUUUCCUCAGAUUUAAACCGUACUGCAUCAGAGGAAGACACAGAUUUCUCUGGGACAUUUACCUGUACUGAAUUCUGCCAGAUUUUCGAUGUUUUUCUGCUAGAAUCGCCAAGAGCAGAAGUGAGGUAAAAGCAAAGCUGCAUAAAUUCAUAUCUGACAGAUCACAACAAAUUGAUGAAGAAGAGAAGAUCCUUAGUUGAAGCUCUUGAAGAAGUAAUAAAACCAGAUUGAGUCAAGGGUGAUUUGUUCCUUAACUUUGUUCUUCUGCUGCAUCAAGAUGAGUUCCAAUGGUAAAACCACUCUUGAGAAAGGAGGAAGAGACCCACCUAAUGUCAGUUUAGAUUUAGUCAUUUAUGAUUUGUUAUCAUAUUUUAAUACGUUUAAGUUUGUGCGUGAUGCUAAAAUAAAGGCUGAAAAUAAAUAUGGCAUUAAAAAGGAGCAUGAUAACUGCUGGCCAGCUGAUGACAUCAAACGAGCCUGGGGGAAAACACAGAGAAUGGAGAAAACAUCCUACAGAAGACAACAGUGGACAAUUGUGAUAAUGAUGCAGGUGAUAGAAAGACAAAUAAAAAGAAAAGAACUGUUUGAUCUGAUGGAGGCUGGGAAUUUAGUUAAAAGAUGUGCAGAGUUGAGUAUGAAGGAUACGUCUGACCAAGUGAAAGCUACAUCAGAGAAUAAAAGAAGGGACGAUGGUCGUCAGUCAACUUCUGUAAAUCCAAAACGCAAGAAAGAAAUCUCAGAAGACAGCUCCUCUCAAAUCACAGCUGGACGGGGCAGAAUGGGAGCUGCUGGGGGAGAGAAGCAGCAUUCUGAAGAAAUCCAAACAUCGUGUUUCUCUGAACCUUUAAUAGAGAUGCUCAAUCAAAUCCCUGAAAUGGAGUGUCACAUUGAUUUGGCUCAGGAGAUGCUUGGAUCUCAAAUAUACACACGAGGCACCAUCUGUAUGGAGUAUACACAGAGCCAAAAGCAGGACACGAAGACACAGGAGUUUAUUCUCCUAUGCACAAAAGACAUAGGAGUAACUAAGAAUUUUUCCACAGGAAAACACAAAUCGGGUGACAACAAGAACAAACGACAGAAGAAGAAGGCUACUUCAACUAUAGACAGGAGCCUUAACCAGGAGAGGAAACCUGCUUUUCAGAGGAAACCACCACCCAAGUCUAAAACAAAAGUAAAGAAAUUUCAGUUCCGCCUUCCUAAAAUAAUGAUGUCUAAUGUGCGUUCUCUUCCGAACAAAAUAGAGGAGCUCCGAGAAAUGAUGGAAGAUGUGGAAAACAUUAAUUCCGAUCUGAUGUUCUUCACAGAGACAUGGUUGAACGAGAACUCGCCCAGCAUUAGCUUCGAGGGAUAUAGGUCUUACCGGGUUGAUCGUGAUGCACGGCUAACUCAUAAAUGUAAAGGAGGGGGAUUGAUGGUGCUUGUGAAUGAGGCCUGGGCGACUGAUGUGGAGGUGGAAAACAUCAUUAUAACUCCUGAUUAUGAGUUAAUGGUCGUGUCCAUUAGACCACAUGACCACCCUGAGGAUGCGCCACCACUUACCUACAUCCAUGUGUAUAUCCCUCCAAGAACUAAGAUGAGUCAAGCCGCCAGAGACAUCGCUGGUUUUUACAAUGAUGUUCUGAAGCAGUAUCCUAAUGGACCGGUUUUCUUGUUGGGUGAUUUCAACCACUGUGACUUCACUGAUCUCUUAGACCUGGAGCAAUAUGUCACAUGCCCAACCAGAUACAGUAACACCCUGGAUCAGUGCUAUGGGAAUGUGCCAGGGGCUUAUAGAUCUGAAUGCAGUCCCCCACUUGGCCGGUCAGACCACAAUGUCAUUCAUUUGAUUCCUAAAAAGAAGUCGGAUGGAAGUGACCCUUCCAAAGAUGAGAAUUGUACACAUGACAGUACCAAAUCCAGAAAGCAAUGAGAGGCUGUGCAGCAGUUCUCUGUUGUUGUCAUGCAGCACCAGGGUUUAGUUCCACUGUGUGCUGUGCUACUAUAUGAUUUGUUUUGUCCUAUAGAUGUAGGACAGUCUAACUACUUUCAAUUAACUUACUGAGUAUAAAAAGCCAUUGAGAAAAAAAGAAGACAGGAUCAUAGUCCGAAAUGGUCUGAAAACUGGCACAACAAUGAGGAACAACAUGUCAACAAAUUUAAUCUUGACAAACUAUAUAUCAUUAUAAAGAUCUAAGCUGUAUGGCACAUUUGUGUUAUUACCAUCUGUAUAAGUGGCCAUCAGCACAUCAGCACUUAUUUGCAUCGUAAUUCAUUGUAAAUGCUGCAUUUCUAGCAAUCUCAUGAUUUUCUGUAAUGGGAAAACAAAGUUAAAUAUUUUUUUCUUAUUAUUCUUAUUGUAUUUUCUAGUGCUCAAAUAAAUCACUUAUGUGAUGUCUAA